GAACAUUGUUUCUAUCAUUUGGUAUCAGAGCAUGGUCACGAAUCUGAGUUCAUCACAACUCUCAACCAGGGACGAACGCGUAUAUGAAGAUCUCGUACCCGACUCUUUCAGAUGGGAACAUCAGAAUCGUGUUAGCCUAUUCUAUUCCUUGCUUGGAUUCGAGGAAGAGCACGUAGUCGUACAACAAACUACAUCGAAUGUGCUUACAAUUACAGCAGAGCACCCAUUGGAUUAUGACAAUAAAUGGAUACGUUUCCAAAGACACAUAAGAUUCAGAGCCAUCUGCAACGUCGCGGAUUAUCGCGCUGGCUACGGCAAACUCAAUUUCAUCAUUAAAGUUCCUAAAUUAAUUCCACUAGUCACCACCAAAGAAGAAGAUCUGGACGCCGAGGACCACUCCUCUAAGGCGGCUGCUUCUGACUCCGCAGAAGAAACUUCGGUAGUUCCUGCUGCCACCGUUGCGUCACCACCUGUAGAAGCCACGACGAGGGUGCCAACACCACCAACCACCAUCGUUUCUCCAGCGACACCCAUAGCUAUGGCCGCUAGGGAGAUUGUCUCAAAGCCAAUCACGCCCCCAGCAGUUGUUGCAGACAAAUCCAGCAAAGGGACUGGCUCUAGACCGACCCCAGCUCCACGGAGACCCUCCAUCGUGUUUGAAAUUUGGUUGAACCAGACUAACCAAGUCGAAUUGGUUUUGGGUUGGACCGACCAACCAGUUUGGUAUUAGACCGACCGAACAUAUAUUCUAAUUCCAUGAAGGGACACAUCCCUUUGGCCUAGUGGCGGUUGCAUUAUUUUAUGGAUAAAGAUAACCUUUCAUAUGGAUAGAGACAACCUUUCAUAUGGAUAAAGGCAACCUUUCGUAUGGAUAAAGGCAACCUUUCAUGAAACAAUAUGCAUGGAUUCGACCCCUAUAAAUAUGUGUGGGGUGGAUGAUGCCACACACCAUCAAACAUAUUCUUCUUCUUUCUUCCAAAAAAUUCUAAGUAUGCUUUAGUGUUCUUGAGCCUAAAACCUAAAGUGGUGAUAGUUUUAUCCUCGGGAGAAAUUUCCUGUAACCCAAGGCUUUGUAGAGGGUGGAAAUAUUCUUUUCGGAAAUUGAACGUUGUUCACGACUCUAUCACAAUCAUGGUCACCCGGUCUCGGGCUAUCGUACGUGUACCCUCGUCCCUAAAUUUUCCUAACAAUCGAAAAUAAUAUUUUUCGGUAUGAUGGCUCGAACCGCUCUUUGCAAGAAACCGGUUCCGGUCUAUGGAAUUAUGAGAAUGUUCGAUGAUGAGUUUUUCAUCGAUGAUAAUAGAAGAUGGAUUUUCUUCAUACUAGUCUCAUGGUGUAUUCCAUAUUCGGACGGUAACUUGGAAGAGGGAUGAUUCCAAGAUGAGGAAGAAAGAGAAGGCUGCGUAAAAUGGAGAAAUAGAAGAAUGACAAUUGCCUUUGUGUAUGUCUCAUACUCAAUGGUUAAUUUGUCUAAUUCUCUAUUUGACGUUUUUGAAGUUCUAGAAAAUUUUGGAUUUGUCUAGUGGUUUGGUGGUGCGAUUUUGUCUAGGGGUUUAUGUUAUUUAAACCAAGGAGACAAAAUGUAUAUAAUAUUUAUGAUGAUUCUGGUAAUGGAAUCAUCGUACAUUUGUAUGUAUAUGACAUGCUUAUCUUUGGAACCAAUAAAAGAUAAGUGAACUUUGAUAAAAAGUUUUUAUUUCAAUUCUCCAUGUAGGACAUGUGGGAGGCAAAUGUGAUCCUGUGUAUUGAAUCAAGCGGAACGACAAGAAUGAGUCAUUCUCUCAUUUUUUCUGCAUGAGAAGGUACUUUGCAUAAAUUCCAUAGUAGGAAUUGUAGUGAGUUAAAGACCCCAAUGGAUCCAAGUAUGGAAAUUAUGGUUAAUAAUGGAAAUAAGUUUUGCAAUCGGAGUAUUCCAUGUUAAAUUGAGGGCUCGAUGUAUGCAUGACUUGCAUGAUGCUAGAUAUCGCAUAUGCGAUAGAAGAAUUAAGUCGGUACAUGAUGAAUCAUAGUGCUCAUCAUUUGAAAUGAAGUGAGGCGUGUACUAAGAUAUCUCAAAGGCACAUUGUAUUGAGUUAUAGUGGCUUUCCAUCCAUUUUUGGAAGGAUUUGUUGAUGUUAGUUGGAUUUCUCAUGUUAAAGGUGAUACUUCAAGAUUAAGAUGGGUCCUCUUGCUUGGGGGAGGUGCCAUAUUUUUGGGCCUCUAGAAAGCAAACUUGCAUCACUAGUUCCACUAUGGAGGUAAAGUUUGUGGCCUUGAUUUCUCUUAGAGAAAAGACAUUAUUGCUGAGAUGCUUGGUUUAUGACAUUAAUUUAUGGCCAAACCAAUCUCGCCUAUUACUAUUCUCAGUGAUAGUAAUGCUACUUUGGCUAAGGCAUAUAACCAAGUGAAAAUGACAAGUACGGUCAUGUGGGAGUAAGGCACAAUAAAAUAUGUGAACUGAU